AAGCACACGCAGUUCCUGUUUUGCCUCGUAACUUCCUCUCUCCCACCUCUCUGGACUCUGUUUGACCCCUUUAACAUACCAAUAUACCAUACCUGACCCAUCUCUUUCUCUCUUUACAACUACCUCUUCUCUCUUAUUUUUCUCCCUCAAUUUUCGGAAACUCCGCGAAACAAUUGUAAACAGAAAAUGCGGAGUUUUACUUUCUUUCAACGAGUUUCUAGAGCUUUCCAUGACCAUGGCUCCCAAUUGAAGCUUGUACUUCUCUGCACCACCGUAAGUGGUGGAGGGCUUUUGGCUUACAGUGAUGCCGUUGGAACAUCUGAAGCGGCGGUGACAGAGAAGAAAAAGGUGGUGGUGCUGGGAACUGGGUGGGCAGGGACGAGUUUCUUGAAGAAUCUGAACAAUCCCAGAUAUGAGGUUCACGUGGUGUCACCUCGUAAUUAUUUUGCAUUCACUCCUUUGCUGCCCAGUGUUACCUGCGGCACCGUCGAGGCGCGCAGCAUUGUUGAACCCGUCCGCAAUAUUUUUAGGAAGAAAGAGGUGGACGUUCAAUUCAGUGAAGCACAAUGUGUCAAGAUUGACGCAGCAAACAGGAAAGUUUACUGUCGAUCUAAUAUAAGCAAUAAUUUGAACGAGAAAGAUGAAUUUGUUGUCGACUAUGACUACCUAAUCAUAGCUGUGGGGGCAAAUGUCAACACAUUUAAUACUCCGGGAGUGAUGGAGAAUUGUCAUUUCUUGAAGGAAGUUGAAGAUGCACAGAAGAUUAGAAGAGCUGUCAUUGACUGCUUUGAGAGAGCAAGUUUGCCUAGUGUAAGUGAAGAAGAAAAGAAGAGAAUUCUUCAUUUUGCUAUCGUUGGAGGUGGUCCAACUGGAGUGGAGUUUGCAGCCUCACUACAUGAUUUUGUCACUGAGGAUUUGGUCAAGUUAUAUCCUGGGAUAAAGGAUUUAGUUAAAAUUACGCUUCUGGAGGCUGGAGAGCAUAUUUUGAGCAUGUUUGACAAAAGAAUCACUGCUUUUGCUGAAGACAAGUUCGGAAGAGAUGGCAUUGAUGUGAAAACAGGAUCCAUGGUUGUGAAGGUAUCUGAGAAAGAAAUAUCUACUAAGGAAAUGAAAAAUGGAGGAGAAAUUACUACAAUUCCUUAUGGAAUGGCUGUCUGGUCAACUGGUAUCGGCACUCGUCCAUUUAUAAGAGAUUUUAUGUCACAAAUUGGUCAGGCCAACAGACGUGCCAUAGCUACUGAUGAAUGGUUGAGAGUUGAAUCAACUACCAAUGUAUAUGCGCUUGGUGAUUGUGCUACAAUAAAUCAGCGAAAAGUCAUGGAAGAUAUUGCGGCAAUAUUUAAGAAGGCUGACAAAGACAACUCAGGAACUCUUACAGUCAAAGAAUUUCAGGAGACAUUGGAUGACAUCUGUGAAAGAUACCCACAGGUGGAAUUGUAUCUUAAGAAUAAACAGAUGCACGACAUUGCUGAUCUGUUGAAGGAGGCCAAGGGAGAUGUUGAAAAAGAAUCUAUUGAACUCAACAUCGAUGAACUCAAAACUGCGCUCUCUAAAGUGGAUUCUCAGAUGAAAUUUCUUCCGGCCACAGCGCAGGUUGCAUCCCAGCAAGGCACCUACCUGGCCAAGUGCUUUAACCGGAUGGAAGAGUGUGAAAAGAAUCCAGAGGGUCCUCUCAGGUUCAGAGGAGAAGGGCGCCAUCGCUUCAAGCCCUUUAGGUACAAGCAUUUUGGCCAAUUUGCUCCUCUAGGAGGAGAGCAGACAGCUGCACAGCUUCCUGGGGAUUGGGUUUCAAUUGGACACAGCAGUCAAUGGCUGUGGUAUUCUGUCUAUGCAAGCAAGUAAGCUGGCGCACAAGGGCGUUAGUUGUAUCAGACUGGACAAGACGCUUUAUUUUUGGGAGGGAUUCAAGUCAAAUCUGAAACAGUUUUUAACAUUUUCCAGUCUCUUCUGUGCCAAUAUUGCAGAGCUCAUCGAUCUUCAUUUUAUUUUCAUAUAGGGAUUUUUUUUUCGUUCUUUUUUCUUUUUCUCACUUGCUGAUUCUUUGAAUAACACGAGCAGGCUCCCAGCGGGGACGUCACAGCUGGGAUUUUUUUAUGAUGCUUUCCCAUGUUUACCUUCAUAAAUGAAUAUUUUACAUACCCCUCCCCUUUUCUUUCAUGGCUAUGAUAUUGGAAUUGAGGCAUUAGUGGAUCUCCGAGUUUUGCAGAUUUAUUUCGGAGAUGCUUGGUGAUGCUUAGCUUCUCAUCAAUCAUUCCUGUUAUUUUGAUUCAAUACUUUGUUAUUUUCCUAUUUUUCGAAUUUCUGCUCAAGGGAAUAAGUUUAUUUUAGAUCAUUGCUUUGUUGGAAUGUACAUGGGUAGACUCUAUUGUGUUUCUUCUGUCUUGUCAAUUAUGCGAAUCCAGAAAUGCAUCCUUAAACAAACGGAAAUUUGUUAGUAAGCGCUCGUGGUUGAAUUGUUUGCUAUCGGCAUUAAAGAAAAGUGUAUAACAGUUGCUUAAUGCUUUUUCCAUUUACAUGGUUAUAUGAAAAUGACUAUAAUCACAUUCUUAUGUUUUC